UAGAAAUGAAUGCUCACAUUGAUUCAGAACUAGGUCAAUAUUUCUUCAAUGGUGAAUGUCCUUAAAUCAACACCGAAAUUGCUGAAUUUCUUCGUUUACAUUUCUAACGAUGAGUUAGUAGGGCCUGUGUGGUAACUUCAUUUGUGAGAAACUUCAUCUGCAAUAGGAGGGGGAGACAUUCUUGCUUUCGACAAGCGGCGCUCCCCCUCCGUUGCAGUCCUCUAUCAAGCUGCCGCCAGAUCUGUCGGAAAUUCGUCUCGUCAAUAAGUGUAGCAAGAAGAUGUUGGCUGUACACGACGUUGUCCGACACAUCAAGGUGACCGGACUCGCGGCGCGAUUCAUGGGUCUGAUGAUGCUGUGGGCUCUUCUCGUCGCUUCUCUGUCCCAGCAUGUUGUGCACGGUGUGAGGAUCGUGUCCACCGGCGAGCAAUUGCAGCUGGGCGGCCAGCGGAUUCGGUACCUGUCGGAGUUCCUCGCUGGGGUGGAGGGCAACUUCACUAGUGAAUUGGCAGAAGUGAAAGCGGUGCAACCUGAAACGGCGGAUCGGGGAGAAGAAGCCAACGGCAAUGUCGACACAGAGUAUGCCAUGGACCAGUCUGAUAAGUUCUACAAAGUAACCGCAGAAGUGGAGAAGCAGAGUGUGCGUCUUCUGCAGGAGCUGCUCCCGGUUGCCGGAGCGCUCCUGAAAAUCACCGGCGGGGACAAAGGAAACUCGAAACUAUGCGGUGACGUCCGAUGUGGCAUUAACGCAAUCUGCACGCAAACAAGAAAGGUAAAAUACUGCAUCCAUGAUUCAUCGCAAGAGAUUGCAUAUGUAUCUCGUGAUCAAUUAGCGGCUUUCUUGUGUAUGUUAUGCGCUUUUUUUCAUGGAAACAUCCUGCAUUGAAACUGAAUCUUCAACGCUACACCCAAGGGCGCCCAGUGCCUGUGCGCUCCCGGUUUUUACGGUGAUGGCCUUCUAUGCCGCGAACCAACCUCCUACAUUCCGCAGAAGCUUCUCAAGGAGGGCGUGGAGGGCGCCUCGGAGCGGAUUCACGACCUCGAGAUGAUCGCUCUGGAUGCAGAUAGAAUCGCGAUGGUUUAUCGCAAUGCAGACCGAAAUAACCGAGGCUACUUGAUGCUUGGCGCGGUCGAUGGACUCACUGUCGACUGGGCUACACCGGAGCUUUUCUCCACGGGCGAGGACGGUGAUAAAAUCCAGGCGUGGGAACCGAGAAUAGCAGGAGAUGUUAAGCCUCGUUUUCUGGAUGUUGUUUCUUCAAAGAAAUAGGCUAGGUUGUCCGUUUUGCUUCCCGGUCUUAGUACUUGAGCAAGAUUACUUUGGAAAUUAUAACAAGUUGUAAAGUAUGAGUAUCGGUAGCUCUAAAGAGAGAAACAAGCUGGUGAUCAAUUUUCGCACCGCGAAAGAGGAUGGCGACUGUUACGUCUUGAGUGCGGAUCUGGACCCGGGGAUGGGAAAGGCCUUCGUGGAGUUUAGUCCGGUGAUAAAAACGUGCGAAAAGAGCGGCAGCGGGCCAAUGGCAGGCAUCCUGUUCGCGCCCAGCACCUACGCAAUGUUUGUUAAUCGCCAGGCACUGGACGGAAAAUUUACAGGCGAAGCUACGCUCUUCGAGCUCCAGCGAUUCAAAGUGCAGCCAUCGGCCGUAGACCCAGUGCAAUUUGCGAAUGCGCCUGUUGGGGACCUGAGAGCCAGGAAGGUAAAAACGGAAUAUUUCAUCUUUCCUCCUAGCUUGACUUAGGUAGUGAAUGAUGGCCCGCCUACAACUUGUUCUUUUGUGAAAAUGUUCAGCUGCCUCAUCCUCUCAUGGUACUGAUACAUAGUUGUUGUCUGUGCGGAACAUCUAUCUUCCAUUCCUUCGAGAAUGACUUGACAAAAUCUCCCAUACUUUCUGUCGAGAAGAUGGGAAUGGUUUUCCACCACAGAUGUCGCCGACUACGUUUUUGCUAGAGUUCUCACGGACGCCACGCCUUGAGGAUAACAAAGAGGUGCAGCAGGAGGCUGUGCUAAGCUUUGGAAAAUUCGAGGAGGGAUCACUAACUCUAUUGCCAGGAACCGUAUCCGCAGAACCGGAAAACAUCAAGCAAGUCCAGUAUUUAAUCGUGAUAUCAUGUAUUUUCGACUAAGUGUGUUGCAGCAAAUAACUUAGUGAAAUUCUGUAGCACACAUGCAACUGGUAGACGUCGACCUGCAUUUUUUUCAGAACACGCGGACGAGAAUAAAUCAGUUUCUCAGGUUCCGUGAUGUCGCUGUCUUGUCGAAUUCCACGGCCUAUCUGUCGUACGCAGUUGGCGCGAGCAGCAGCGCAGUACUGAAGACCGUGAAAAUCACACCUCGAGCAAAAGGGAAAAAGAUUGCUUUCGUAACUACACGCGUGUUAAAGCGUCCAGGGUAUGCGCCGUUCGUGACGCCGGUCAGCGCACCACUCCCGGCACCACCUGGAUCCGCAACGGGUGACGCACUACCACCAGAGCACAUGGUGAUCAACUUCUAUGCGCCUGAGGGUGCAAAGAAUACUGUUGUGGAGUUCUGCACGGUAAGCCCGGACACAGGCGUGAUCGACGAAGAAACCUGCGUGGAGAAGGUACUUCCUGGCGACAAGAAAAUGAAGGAACUGCGCGCACUGAACAUGGGAGGAGGGAGGAUUGUCGUUACUUUCACUGCGGAAGAGGACAGCAUACCUUACUAUCUGGUGUACGGGGUGUUUAGGACUACGUAGUUGUUGCAUGAUGCACAGAACACAGCGAGUGAGGGGAAUGAAAUAGAACAAUAUGAAUAGAAGAGUCCCCAGUUGGGGCCAUGGCACAGUUUGCUUUCUUGUUUUUUCGGAUGAACAGAAACAAAGCUGUUAUAGAUCAAAUUUAUUGAACAGACGCAAUCAAAUUGUGUUUGGACUGAUACGGAGUAAAGCAACAGACAC